AUGAAGAUUAGCAUGCUCAAGAAGACAUUAACUUUUGAACUCUUACAGGCCCUUGUAAGCACAGAUGAAGACCAGACUUAUGAAGGCUUCUGUACACAGCUCCGGACAAUGGAUGACCAUCUUACCAAGCUCAAGAAUAUACAGAACAGUGGCAGAAGACAUUACACCUCAGCAACUUAUACACCAGCACUGACAAAUAACUCAGCGACUUAUACACCAGCAGUGACAGAUAACCCAGCCACUUAUACACCCACACCGAAGAACAACCAUGAUGCAGAUGCCAUGGACUGGAUAGAUUCAAAAGCCUAUGCACAAGCAAGAGUUUCCGCCAUUCAAACAGGCUUCCGAGUCCCUGGGAUCACUCCUGAAGAAGUCGCCAAUUGA